AUGGGAAGGCAGGCUAAGGGCAAAAAGAAAACCAAACCAAAGAGGAAAGGCAACCGUCCAAACCACGAUGCCGGUUUUGUGGACUUGACACCUCAGGAGAGGAUGAAAGUGAGGAUGCAUGAAAAGGCAAAGAAGAAAACAGCGGCCAAGUACUCUGUUGAGCAACUACUAGAGAAGACUGAAGAAUGCAUGGACAGCUUUGACUUUCAGAUGGCUGGACUCUACUGUCAGCGCGCCCUAGACCUGGAGUCCACCAACCUCCAGGCUCUUGAAAUGCUGGGACACAUCUCCUCUGAGCUUGGAGAAACCGAGAAAGCUAAAGGAGCUUUUUUACAUGCUGUGGAGAUAAACCCAGAUGUAGGCCACAGUAAGUACAUGUACCUGGGACAGCUCCACACAGGGCAGGAAGCUGUUGAUUUCUACACCAAAGGAAUACACGUCCUGCUCGCUGCAUUGGAGAAACAAAAGGCUACCGCACAGGCCGCAGCUGCAUCACCUUUAGAUGCGGAAUCAGAACUCCCAACGAUGAAGGAUGUUAGCAUGGCUUACUGCUCUGUUGCUGAGCUUUACCUAACUGAUCUCUGCAUGGAGGAAGGAGCUGCUGACAAGUGCAGAGAGUUCAUUGAGAGAGCAUUGCAGUAUCACCCUGACAACCCUGAAGGGCUCCAGCUCAUGGCCAGCUACUUGUUCAGUACAGAGAAAAUUCAGGAAGGGAAAGAAUACUUAUUGAAGAGUGUCAGACAGUGGCUGCCUGCCCAGAAACAGAACGACACCUCCUCCAUCUUGGAAGAUGACAUAAAGAGCCUUAUCCCGCCAUACGAGUCUCGCAUCACAACAGUCAAGCUUCUCGUCGAGGGUGAAGAAUACGAGAUGGCAGUGGAUGUACUGGAGGGUCUUCUGGAAGAAGAUGAUGAGGUUGUUCAGGUAUGGUAUCUCUCCGGCUGGGUUUGUUACUUGCAGUUGGAAAGAGCCAAAGAGCAGCAGGAAAGAGAGGGGAAAGCACUCACGGAUGAGGAGGACGAGGAGAGGUCAUCGCUGAAGGAGGCAGCCAGAUUACAUCUGACCAAUGCUAAGAAGCUGCACACCAAGCUAUGCUGUGACGACCAACCCAUGUUGGAGCAUGUUGAGCAGCUGCUAGGCGAGCUAGGAGGAGAACUGGAUGGCGAAGAGACAAAUUUGGGUGUUGAUGAAGACUAUGAACCUGCUAGUGAUGAGGAAGAGGUGGAUGAGGAUAUGCCUAUGGAACACUGA